AUGGGUAUCAGCAUCACGCUUGAUGACUACGUAUUUGGUAUCAACUUGACCCAGGACACUAAGAACUUCCAGGUGGAUCAGAAUAAUCCAAAUGCGACGGAUUAUAAGACAUGCGAAAGGAAUAACGUCCAUAGGGGCUCUCAGACUGAUUUCCUCGUUGGAAUUGAUGACCCGCGCAUCUGGAGUAAGAAUUUUGGUAGUGCAAACGAACCCUAG